GGGGCACGGAGUGGGGCAAUAAGGGCUACGUGCUGCUGGCCCGCAAUAUGAACAACGCCUGCGGCAUCGCCAACCUCGCCAGCUUCCCCAAGAUGUGAGCUCUGGAGGUGCCAACGUCCGUCUGCAGGAGUGGGGUUGGGGGGCUGGAACCCCCCCCCCCCCAAAUAUCACAUCUCUGAGUCCUUUGGGGGGAUGCGGAGAACGAUGGGAUUUUGUUCUUCAAAUAAAAGCGGUGGGGGAGAAAGCUCUGAGCGUGGAGAAUCCCUUCAUUAUGGGAUACGUAGAAGGGGGGCCCUGGGGCUGCUCAGCGGGGAGGGGAUAAGUUGGGGGGGGUCCGGGGGGUGGUGGAUGAGUGGGGGGCUCUGCUGGCCCCCAACUGCUGUGAAUUGUGGGUCAUCUUUUCCCCAUAGAUGUCCCCUCCUGCUCUCCUCAUGGAACAAAAUGUGUUCUUUGUGGGUGACCUUGCUCUUUUAGGGUGAAAAAUGGUGGUUUUGGUCAAGCAGGGGGGAAAAAGGGGACUUUUUGACACGUGGAUUUUGUGCCCGCAAAGAGAAAGGGUCGACUUGGGUCAAACUGAGCAAAAAGAGGUGGUUUUGAGUGCGGCCCCUUUGGCCAAACCGAGUGAAAAAGCGGCGAUUUUGGGGUCAAGCGGAGCAGAAAAAGGGAUUUCUGUGUGCGUUCAUUUGGGGCCGGUGGUGCUCAGAAGUGCUCUGGGGAGGGGUGGAUCGGAUGCGCUCCGCCCAGCAAAGUGAAAACGAAAUCAAAGCAUUUCCUCAUUUCUGGGCUCAUGUGAUUCCCUGCGCCCUGCAGUCGGGGGGUGCGAAGUGUGGGGACGUCGGGGACCCCCGGGUGCGCCCCAGACGUGGCUGUGCCCCCCACCACCGUCGGGCACUGCGGAGGUGCUGGAAAAUAACAGUGCUCACACGCAGCCCCACUCCGGUGUGCAACAUGGAGCUGCUGCGCUGCAUGGCUGUCCUGGUCACUCUGGUGGCUGUGAUGGGACACCCCGACCCUACGCUGGAUCAGCACUGGCAGCUGUGGAAGAAAGCCCACGGGAAGGAGUACCGCCAUCAGGCCGAGGAAGGGCAGCGCCGCGCAACGUGGGAGAAGAACCUCCGCCUGGUGAUGCUGCACAACCUGGAGCACUCCCUGGGGCUGCACUCCUACCAGCUGGGCAUGAACCACAUGGGGGACAUGACCAGCGAGGAUGUGGCUGCACUCCUAACGGGGCUCCGUGUUCCCUAUGGGCACAACCAGACCUCCACGUACCGCCGGCGCGGCGGAGCCCCGGAUGCCAUGGACUGGAGGGAGAAGGGCUGCGUCACGGAGGUGAAGAACCAGGGCGCCUGUGGGGCGUGCUGGGCAUUCAGUGCUGUGGGAGCCCUGGAGGCGCAGGUGAAGCUGAAGACAGGGAAGUUGGUGUCGCUGAGCGCCCAGAACCUGGUGGACUGCUCCAUGAUGUACGGCAACAAGGGCUGCGGUGGGGGCUUCAUGACCAGAGCUUUCCAGUACAUCAUAGACAACAACGGGAUCGACUCGGAGGAAUCCUACCCCUACAUGGCUCAGAACGGGACGUGCCAGUAUAACGUUUCCACGCGUGCUGCCACGUGCUCCAAGUAUGUGGAGCUGCCAUAUGCGGAUGAAGCUGCCCUCAAAGAUGCUGUCGCCAACGUUGGGCCCGUCUCUGUCGCCAUCGAUGCAACGCAGCCCACGUUCUUCCUGUACCGGUCAGGGGUGUACGACGACCCGCGCUGCACACAGGAGGUGAACCACGGCGUGCUGGUGGUUGGUUACGGCACCCUCAACGAGAAGGACUUCUGGCUGGUGAAAAACAGUUGGGGCGAACGCUUUGGUGACGGGGGUUACAUCCGCAUGUCAAGGAACCAUGCAAACCACUGCGGGAUCGCCAGCUAUGCCUCAUACCCACAGAUAUAGGAGGACCCCCCCCGUGCUUUGGGGAGGGCUCCGUCUUCGGUCCCAGCACCGAUGCUACGCUUCUGUGAAUCAGUUUCUGUCUCCAUGGGUGCAGUUCUUUGCGUGGAGCUGGUGGGAGGAUUUUAGAGGAUGGUUUACAGGGACCCGCUGACUGCUUCUUGGAGAAGAAAAAGGUGAUUUGUCCUCCUUUCCCCAUAGUAAAAUCGCAACGCCAACAGUUGUUAGGACGGAGAUCUCGCCUUCCUCUCCCCGGUUCAGCGCUGGUGGUGACGCGGGGGUGAUUUUCUCUGUGCGACGAUAUCUCUGAAACUGCAGAUUUUUGUUUGAAAAAUAAAAUAAAGGAUCAGUUUCACCAA